UUCAAAAUUUUUUAAAUUAACCUCUUUAACCAUAUAAUUCAGGAAAAAUUAUUUCGUUUUUUUUUUUCAAAAAAUAGUGCGAAUAUUUUUUUUUUUUUUUUUUUUUAUUGAAGCAUAUAUAAUUUUUACAUAUGAAUAACUUACAAGAAUUUCGUCAAAACUACUUAAAAAAUCCCAUAGGCAAAAUAUUUUCAAGUCAUUAUUAUUUAGAAGCAAUAAUUCAAUACUAUUGGAAAAAAUAAUGGGAAUUCAAAUAUCAAAAAAGGAAGAAUCAGAAGACGAUAUAAUAUCACAAAAAUCACUUGAAUCUGUCAAAGGAAUUAUAGCAUUUUUAAAAGAACAUGCCCGUGAAGAAGGACUUUUUCGUAGAUCAAGUAGACAUAGUUUGAGAAAAAGAAUUUUGAAUGCUUUAAAAAAAGGGGAAAAAACUCACUUUGAUAAUGAUUCAGCAUUAGAAUGUGCCGCAGCACUUCGUCUUUAUUUAAGUGAUUUAAAAAAACCAGUUCUUCCCUUAAGAGUACAAGAAUUAAUGCUUGCUGAUAAUCCUGGAGUUGAAGCUCGAGAAGUUGCACGAGAUGCUUUAGGUUUGAUUCGUCAGGAUUUAAUGGGACGUCAUGGUGAAUUAUUAGCUCAUAUUUUAGAUCUUUUAAAUCACUUGACUUUAUCUUCGCCACCCUCGGAAUUACACGGAUCACCUCUUCCAAUUGCUCUGCUUCCCGUUUUUUUCAAUCUUGGACCAACGAAUCUGGUAAAAUGGAAGCAAGUUGCAAUUAGAUUUAAUGAACUAAUUAACGAAGCACCAGAACAAUUAGGAUUACAUUUACUGACAGGAUCGUCAAAUGUAGAAACUAUUCAAAAUUCAAAUCAUGAAGAAAUUGACGAUUGGAGAAUGGAGAACGUUCCUCUUCUUUAUCCGCUUAUCAAUUUAGUCAAUAACAGAAAUACAUAUGAAACUGGAGAAGCAAUUCGAAUGUCGUUUGCACCCCUUCGUCGACCACCACCAAGUAGAUUGCAUCUAGCAAUUUCAAAUCAAUCUGGUUGAAAAUAAUCAAAAAAAUUUUUUUUCUUUUUUCAAUGAAAACAUUUUUUUCUUUCAAAUUAAAAUAUCCCUGUAAGCUUACAAAAAAAAUAAUUAAAAUACAAUUUUCAUCGUGAUUAAUAUUUGAAAAAUGAAGACUAUUACUCUUUAUAUAUAUAUAAUUAAUGAAAUGUCUAAACUUGUAAAUAAAUUCAGUUUGAGAAGAUAUUUUUUUUAUUGUAAAAAAUUCAUUUCACUUAACAAUGUAAAAACUAUAUAUCAAUACAACUGAUGUCUUUUAUAUAUAAUUGUCUUAUAUGUAUAUCUAUAUAGUUAUACUAUACAUUUGUGCGAUUCAUUUCUAUUUGAACUUUCAUUAGUGUUUCAGAUCAGAAUUAAAACAAAAUAUUGUCUCUUUAAAUAAAUCAUCAAAAAAAAAAAAUAUAUAUAUAUCAGUUAGUAUAAAAAAAUAUUGAUAUAGAGUUAAAUUAAAACUAAACACAGAUUCAUCAAUUAUCACGAAGUAUUUAAUAAUUAACUAAAAUUCAAGCUUAGUUAUAAUAAAAAAAAAAUAAUAA